UCUUUUUAUUUAGUUUUUCAAAUUUUAGGCAAAAAAAAUUUAGGAAAAAAAAACUACAAAAGGAGAAUGGCUAAGGUUGUUGAGGAUAUAUUCGGAAUUGCCAUCAAUCCGCUUACGAAUAUGGCGCAGGUGGUAAGACGAUAUACGAUAUCUAAUACGAAUCGUUUAUCGAUAUCUGUGAUUCAAUUGGGUGCCAGCAUACAAUCGAUAUAUAUGCCCGAUGCCUAUCAUAAUGUCGAGGACGUUGUCCUGGGAUUCGAUGAUGUGGCUGGCUAUUUGCAGCAUAGUCAAUCCCAAUUUGGAUGCACCUUGGGACGCUUGAGCGGUCAAGUGGCCAACGGCGAGUUUAUAAUGGAUGAGAAACGAGUUUCGGUAACGAAAAAUUUGAAUAAUAAACAUCAGACCGAUGGCGGUUUUAUUGGUUUCGAUAGCAUCAUAUGGGAUUUGGAUCAAAUACGUCCGGAUGGCAUAACGCUGCGGCACAUAUCCGAUCAUGGUCAUGAGGGCUAUCCGGGCAAGCUAACCGUAUUGAUACACUAUACCAUUGACGAUGACAAUCGUUUCUAUAUCCGUAUCGAGGCGAGAACAGAUCGUCCGACAGCUGUCAAUAUCAGUAAUCAUAUCUAUUUCAAUUUGGCCGGCCAUAAAGCAGGUCCCGAAGGCAUUUACGAGCAUCGUAUGGUUGUGGAAGCAGAUCAUAUAAUUGAACUAAAUGCCGAAUCGUUGCCAACGGGCAAAUUCAAACGAGUCGAUGACACCAUCAACGACAUACGUCUGCCUGUCUUCAUUGGGGAUCGUGUGCGACGAUUUGAGACUCUGCCGUCUCAACCAACACGCCAGUGCGAGGUCUGCUAUGCCAUGGACAAGGAGUUCGAUGCGAAUGUUACGAAAUUUGUGGGCCGAUUUCUGCAUCCGCCAUCGGGUCGUCUUAUGGAAAUCUAUAGCAAUCAGCCCGGCUUACGUUUCUCGGUUGCCAAUGAUUUUCCCAAGGAGCUGCGUGGCGAUGACGCGAUAAUGGGUAAACAAUGUACCCGAUAUUGGCAAUAUUCUGGCUUCAGUUUGCAAUUGCAAAAGUUUCCCGAUUCUGUUAAUCAAUUGGAUUUCCCUACUGUCUUUAUAUUGCCAAGUGAGAAUUAUUUCCAUGAGACAGUAUUUCGUUUUGGCAUACAAGAGUCAUGGAAAUGUUGUGCCGAACCUCAUGAGUUGGAGGAAAUGGAUGCAGAAACGGUGCGAACAUCUUAUAUAUAGAAGAGCGAGAAAGAGAAAUUGAUAUAUAUAUACAUUCGAGAUUAUUACAAGUCUUUCAUACA